AUGUCUUCAACCACAUUGUUGCACAAGCUCCGCGAGCUCAGCGCGGUUGACUGCGACACACUUGACAGUGAAGUGGCCAAGACGCUGGGCCCUUUUGUUGACUGUACAUCGAACCAGGCCAUCGCCUUUUCCGAACUCACCAAGACUAGCGCCGGUGGUAAGCUCGUCCACGAACAGCUCAUCCAAGACAGCAUUCGAGAUGCACACUGGAUGUUGGCUCAGCAGUCUGGCGCAGCUCUGGAAGAGCUCGCGGUCGACUUUGCCAUGGUCCGACUGGCACUCGCUAUUGUGCCAAACUUGACUGGUUACUCACAUAUCCAGACCAAUCCCCGUUGGUCAUACGAUGUGCAGAAAACCAUUCAGAAUGGGGAGAGGAUUGUCUCUAUUUUCAAGCAUCUGGCACCUUCAUACGAUACGAAACGCGUCUGUAUCAAGAUUCCGGCGACGUGGGAAGGCCUGCAGGCCUGUCGUGAGCUUGAGCAACGCGGCAUUGCUUGCUUAGCGACCACGAUGUUCUGCAUGGAGCAGGCUGCGCUGGCAGCUGCAGUCAACUGCACUUACAUCGCGCCAUAUGUCAAUGAAUUAAAGGUUCAUUUUGAGAAAGGCUACGUCGAUCAAAACAAAGCUUUCGCUUUCUGUGGUGUAGCGCAGCACUAUUACCGCAGGAUCGGAGCGAGGACUCAAGUUCUUCCUGCAUCCUUGACAUCAAUGAACGAGGUCCUGGUACUAGCAGGCGUUGACCACAUCACUGUUUCUCCGCCUCUUCUCGCCCAACUAUCUGAUACGCGUUGCAAUGACUACGAGGGAGACAUAGGUUCUGUCCUGGAAACGGCUGAAAAUACUGCCGACGAGGACUAUACAGCAAUCCUACAGGAUGAGAGUGCUUGGAGGCUAGCUUUCACGCGCAGUGGCAGGGGCACGAGUGAAGGCAAGAUAAUCCAGGCUAUCAACAUCUUCUACGAGAUGCAGGUCAACCUAGAGGCGUUGAUCAAGAAGCUGGACACCACAACAUGA